AAUCAAAGAUGGCGUCUCGCAUUGACAGGACGUGGGUUGGAAAACACAGCUAGUACAAUGUCAUUUUGUGUUAAAUGAAUUAAAGUAACUUAAUUUUGUGAAGGAUGUCGUAAGGUUAGAGUGGGACAUGCUGGUUUUGUAACACUGAAAUGUUACUGAGGUUUAAGUAAGGCUGUUGUCGAAGGUAGAGAGACUUUUUUACCCGGAGAGAUCAUGUUUACAGCUGGUUUGAGGCGCUUGCCCUGCCUGGCGUUGGUAGGACACCGGGGUUUGAGCCUCUUCUCCAGUUCAGGACCCUCUAAUUGGAACAAAGUUGUGUCCGAUGCAGAGAAGAUCGUCGGAUACCCCACAUCAUUCAUGAGUCUGCGGUGCCUGCUCAGUGAUGAACUCAGUAAUGUGGCAAUGUACGUGAGGAAACUGGUGGGAACCCAACAUCCCCUGCUCAACACGGCCAGGGGCUUUGUGUACGACAGCCGGAACAACCUCCAGAUGAGAGGGUUGGUGGUGUUGUUGAUCUCCAAAGCGGUCGGACCGAGCCAGGCCUCUUCAGACCUGCUGGUCCAGGACAUGGUCAGUGGCAUCUAUCCAAGCCAGAGGAACUUGGCAGAGAUCACGGAGCUGAUUCACACGGCAUUCCUGGUGCAUCGUGGGAUUGUUAAUCUUAAAGAGUGGACGGUCUCAGAUGGGCCCCUAAAAGAUAUGGAGUUUGGGAAUAAGAUUGCUGUGCUGAGCGGGGACUUCCUGUUGGCCAAUGCGUGUACAGGGUUGGCUCAACUCAACAAUACCAAGGUGGUUGAGCUCAUCUCUAGUGCCAUUGGCGAUUUAGUCCAAGGGAUCUACUAUGAGAAUUCCAGCAACACUGCGGACAAUGGCAUCACUGAUGGCAUUGACAUUGGAACAUGGGAGGAGCGGACGUUCCUGUCCCAUGGUGCACUGCUUGCCAAAAGCUGUCAAGCUGCGAUGGAGCUGGCCCAACAUGACACAAAAGCCCAGAGACUGGCCUACAACUAUGGCAAGCACCUAUCGCUGGGACACAAGCUGAACUCAGAUCUACAGCCGUUUGUGAAGAGUGUGGACCCAGUGUCCUUCAGUUUAAGUGCUGCCCCAGUGGUGUUCCAUCAACAGUCUGUGGGACAGGAGAGAUGGCACCAGCAGCUGCAACAGGCACAGACAUCAAGAAAUAUGCUGGAUUACUCUAAGCUCUUGGCCACAGUGAAGUCUGACAAAGGCGUGAGCUCAGCGGUGGACUUAUGCUGUUUCCAUAGUAACAAGGCUCUGGAGGCCAUCCAGGCUUUCCCCGCCUCCGAGGCUCGAUCCGCCCUGGAGAACAUCGCAUCAGCCGUCACCAAAUUCUAACCUGGACACACAGACUCUCAGGGACAUGUGACAGACUAGAGAGCUUUGCUCACUGCAUCAAAUACAAGUAAAACAUUUGUGCCUCAGGUGUGAUGAGGCUGCCUUGGUCAACCCUGCAAAGCAGUCAUAAAUAAAGUGCAUUGCUUCGGUUUUA